AGAACACCUAAACCCCCAGCCCAGCUCAAAGACAUAUCUAAAGAACAGCAAACUAGGUUCCCCGAGGCAAGAUGACAACUUGGAUGGGUUUUUGCUUCCUGUUCCUGAUUGCUCUGUCUGCAGAGAGGGGACUAUCCACACAGGAGGAGACAGAAACCAGCUGCUGUGCACAGCUGAAAGGCUUAGCACAAUGUGGGAGUGACAAGAUUGUUCUCCAGGGCCAGGCAGGAAUACCUGGAAUUCCAGGUGUGCCAGGAACAAAUGGUCUUCCUGGAGCUAGGGGUGAGCCAGGACCUCAAGGCCCCCCAGGUGAAAAGGGCUCUGCUGGGAUACCUGGAAAAGCUGGACCAAAGGGAGAGAAAGGAGACAAAGGAGACAAUGGGGAACCCUGCCGCUUAGAAGGCUGUCAGCCGGAAGAUGGAAGAGCCAGAAACUGCAAGGAGCUCCAUGGGGAUUCUUUCUCAGGACAUAAAGGCCUGGCAUUCUCUACAAAAGACAAAGACAAUGAUACCUAUGAACCUGCAAGUUGUGCUGUAGCUUACAAGGGAGGUUGGUGGUAUGGCGCCUGCCACUCUUCCAACCUGAAUGGCCUAUAUCACAAAGGGGAACAUAGCUCUUAUGCUGAUGGCAUCAAUUGGAGUGCUGGGAAGGGUCACCAUUAUUCUUACAAAUAUGUGGACAUGAAAAUUAGACCUCAAUAGUUGAAAUAUCAGUAUAUUCGGAAUAGUUUAACUCUGACUUGCUAAAUGAACGUAUUAGCACAUGAAUAUCCUCCUGAAUUCUGUUCCUGAAAAAAAGACUAAAAAAGUGGCUAUCCAAACAAUUACAUGCGUAUUUAUAAAUACAAAUAUUUAUUAAUAAUUCCCUUUAUUUGGGAAUUAAAGGUAUCUGAAAUGAAAAAACUAUUUGGAGGAUGGAGGAUACCCAGCUCUCUCUUGCAUGAGAAUUUAGCAUCUUCAACUUGGGAUGUAAUCCACUGUUAUCUUAUGAAAGGCCACUAACCUAAUAAAUUUUGACUGAAUGUCUAGAAUUCUCACACUUUUAAAUGCAAAGCAGUUAUUCUGAUUACUGUAUCAUCCCUGAAUGUAUUGGUAUUCCAGAAAGAUCUUAAAACGUUGAUCUAACCUUUCAAUUAUAUGAAAUAUUUAGUACUCUUACAAAACCUUCCCCUUCCUGAGGUUGUGGCAUGAGGCUGCCUCAUAUCACCACAAAACUGAGAGCCAAAGAAUACAUGGACAUUAUUGAUCCACUAGAGCUGAUGACCUGACCGUGUUAGAUUUUGCAACCCGAAGAUGUCACUGUGAGCUAAUUGGUCAUUCUAGGAAAGGGUUGCAUGGAAGAAACUAAAUCUUGACAGAGUUUCUGCAAACACAGAUCACCCGACUGAUGCAUUUUAAUGGAAAUACUUAAACCAACAAUCUGUGAACAGAGUCUUCUUUCCUUUCUGAAGAUUUUAUUUUUCUGUAUUGCAACUUGGAAAGACAAACACUAAAGGAAAUAUCUGCACUCAUUCUUGAAAAUAUGUAAGAUACAUGGAUCUUACUCUAC